AUGUAUAUAAAAAGCUCGGUGGAAGGGAACGCGGGUUGCCACAUUGUGGCCCCCUCGGAUAUGAUGGACGGGCGCAUCCAUGCGAUCAAGGAGGCUCUGGUUGCCAACGAUCUGGGCAAUAAGGUGUCAGUCCUGAGCUACAGCGCCAAAUUUGCUUCCUGCUUCUAUGGCCCUUUCAGAGACGCGGCCUUAUCCAAGCCCGCCUUCGGGGACCGGCGGUGUUACCAGCUUCCUCCAGGAUCUCGAGGGUUGGCUUUGCGGGCAGUGGACCGGGACGUGAAGGAGGGGGCAGACAUGCUGAUGGUGAAACCUGGGAUGCCCUACCUUGACCUGGUGCGGGAAGUGAAGGACAGACAUCCCAACCACCCCCUGGCAGUCUACCACGUCUCGGGGGAGUUUGCCAUGCUGUGGCACGGGGCGCAGGCCGGGGCCUUUGACCUGAAGGCGGCAGUGAUGGAGGCCAUGACCAGCUUCAGGCGAGCAGGAGCCGAUGUCAUCAUCACCUAUUAUGCGCCUAAUCUUCUCCAGUGGCUGAAGGAAGAGCAGGCGUGAAGGGGGUCCCUGGACUGGCUGCCAAGAGGGAAACACGGGACAUGCCAGCAAGCACGUUUGGGCUGCCCAGGGGGGGAAACUUUUCUUUUACAGCUUUUGGAAGAUCUUGCUUCAAAGUUUCAUGAAGUAGAGAAACUGGGCUGCUCCUAGCAACGUUGUAACCGGAUUCCCAGUCCCCCUUCCUGAUACUCUUUCUUUAAAAACGAAACAUUUGCCUUUUAAAAUA